CCGAGAAGGCCAUGGAGAGCACCACCAUCAUGAUCGAUGUCCAUGACUCUGCUGUGGUACAGAUUAGCAACAAGACAGACGGCGAAGCCAGCCCCUUAAAGGAGGCCGAGACCAAAGAGGAUGAGGAGGAGAUGGAGAAGAAGAAGCGGAAGAAGGAGAAAAGCGAGACGGGCAAAGCGAUGGUGCCGCACAGCUCCAUGUUCAUCUUCAGCACCACCAACCCGGUGCGGAGGGCUUGCCACUACAUCGUGAACCUGCGCUACUUCGAGAUGUGCAUCCUCCUGGUGAUCGCCGCCAGCAGCAUCGCCCUCGCGGCGGAGGAUCCCGUCCUCACCAACUCCGACCGCAACAAAGUUCUGAGGUAUUUCGACUAUGUCUUCACCGGCGUCUUCACCUUCGAGAUGGUUAUCAAGAUGAUCGAUCAGGGCUUGAUCCUGCAGGACGGCUCCUACUUCCGAGACCUCUGGAACAUCCUGGAUUUCAUCGUGGUGGUGGGAGCGCUGGUGGCUUUUGCCUUGGCGAAUGCUUUGGGGACCAACAAGGGCCGGGAUAUCAAGACCAUCAAGUCUCUCCGUGUGCUACGGGUCUUGAGGCCCCUGAAAACCAUCAAGCGACUGCCAAAGCUGAAGGCCGUCUUCGACUGUGUCGUGACCUCCCUCAAGAACGUCUUUAACAUCCUCAUCGUCUACAAACUCUUCAUGUUCAUCUUUGCUGUCAUUGCCGUCCAGCUCUUCAAGGGGAAGUUCUUCUACUGUACUGACAGCUCCAAGGACACGGAGAAGGACUGCAUAGGGAACUACGUGGACCACGAGAAGAACAAGAUGGAAGUGAAGUGCCGGGAGUGGAAACGCCAUGAGUUUCACUACGACAAUAUCAUCUGGGCUUUGCUCACCCUAUUCACGGUCUCCACCGGCGAGGGUUGGCCUCAGGUGCUGCAGCAUUCUGUGGAUGUGACGGAGGAGGACCGUGGGCCCAGCCGCAGCAACCGCAUGGAGAUGUCCAUUUUUUAUGUCGUCUAUUUUGUGGUCUUCCCUUUCUUCUUCGUCAACAUUUUCGUGGCUCUCAUCAUCAUUACAUUCCAAGAGCAAGGAGACAAAAUGAUGGAGGAGUGCAGUCUGGAGAAGAACGAGAGAGCCUGUAUUGACUUUGCCAUCAGCGCCAAGCCCCUCACGCGGUACAUGCCCCAGAACCGGCACACUUUCCAGUACCGCGUCUGGCACUUUGUGGUCUCCCCAUCCUUCGAGUACACCAUCAUGGCCAUGAUAGCAUUGAACACUGUGGUGCUGAUGAUGAAGUACUACUCUGCUCCGUACACCUAUGAGCUGGCCCUGAAGUACCUGAACAUCGCGUUCACCAUGGUGUUCUCCUUGGAGUGUGUCCUCAAGAUCAUUGCUUUCGGCUUCCUGAAUUAUUUCCGGGACACCUGGAACAUCUUUGACUUCAUCACCGUCAUCGGCAGCAUUACGGAGAUCAUCCUGACGGACACCAAGCUGGUGAACACCAGCAGCUUCAACAUGAGCUUCCUCAAGCUCUUCCGGGCUGCUCGGCUCAUCAAGCUGCUGCGCCAGGGUUACACCAUCCGCAUCCUGCUCUGGACAUUUGUGCAGUCCUUCAAGGCCCUCCCCUACGUCUGCCUCCUCAUCGCCAUGCUUUUCUUCAUCUACGCGAUCAUUGGGAUGCAGGUUUUCGGCAAUAUCAAACUAGAUGAGGAAAGCCACAUUAACCGGCACAACAACUUCCGCAGCUUCCUGGGGUCCCUCAUGCUCCUCUUUAGGAGUGCCACGGGAGAGGCAUGGCAGGAGAUCAUGCUGUCCUGCCUGGAGGGCAAAGGCUGCGAGCCGGACACGACGGCGACGUCCGGGCAGAACGAGAACGAGCGCUGCGGCACCGACCUGGCCUAUGUUUACUUUGUCUCCUUCAUCUUCUUCUGCUCUUUUCUGAUGCUCAACCUGUUCGUGGCGGUCAUCAUGGACAAUUUCGAAUACCUAACUCGGGAUUCCUCCAUCCUGGGACCUCACCAUCUAGAUGAGUUUGUCCGGAUCUGGGCAGAGUAUGACAGAGCAGCGUGCGGCAGGAUCUCGUAUAAGGAUAUGUACAAAUUAGUACGGGUGAUCUCGCCUCCUCUGGGCCUAGGAGAGAACUGCCCCUACAGGGUGGCGUGCAAG